GAAAUCUGUGAUAGCUUCGGUAUCCAGCCACGCGGCACCUUUGGCGAACACACAGAGACGGUUGGCGGCAUCUAUGACUUGAGCAACAAGCGUCGCCUCGGCCUCACCGAAUUGCAGGCGGUCGAAGAAAUGUCCAAAGGUGUCUUAACUUUACUCGAUCUAGAGAAGAAAUUGGCGGGCCUUUGCAAUCCGAAAUGUAAGUAUUUUCCAUACUUUGUAUUUACAACUCCCAUCGUUUAA